AGAACAUGAGAUCGCUCAUGUACGGUAUCACGUCACAGAAGUGUGUUCCUUAAAACCAAAUAAUUCAAAAGGCGCUCAGUGUUGUUGCCUAAAGUGAACUGACUAUGUGGCUCAAUCAUUUUAAUGUAUUUAUCGGUUGGUUAAUAUUGUCGGCGUUUCAAACAGUAUCGGCAACAAGUAUCCGCCUUGUUGGUGGCAAGACGCCGUACUCUGGUCGCCUUGAAGUGGAGCACGAUGGACAAUGGGGAACAGUGUGUGAUGACGAGUUCACGGCUAACAGCGCCAAGAUCGUCUGCAAAAUGCUCGGAUUCACGGACACGGGAUCUGCCCAUGUGGUUCCCACCUCUUUGUAUGGGCCAAGUGGUGGGACAAUACUGCUAGAUAGUUUAGCGUGUGUCGGCAAUGAAACGGAUAUAGCCGGAUGUUCACACCAGGACUGGGGGGUAACAGACUGCACACACAACGAAGAUAUAAGCAUCGACUGCCAGACAGAAGUUCAAAUCGUACACGGAUCCACAGAGCAUGAUGGACAAGUGCAACUUAAUAUUUCUGGAACAAUGCAACCGCUGUGUGCCGAUAAUUUCACUUCCCAAGAAGCCAAGGUUAUAUGCCGUAUGCUUGGAUUUAGUGAAAGUGGAGCCCAUAUCAUGCCUCCUAACACAGCACCUAGCGGUGUAUCCAUGGUUUCAACUGUUUAUUCGUGCAAUGGCAAUGAAAUUGAUAUCUCCAUGUGUAAAAAGCGGCAAACAAUGUGCUCCGAGAAAGUUGCAGCAAUUGAUUGUAGAACACCUAUACGACUAGUGAAUGGCACGAGUGAACAGUCUGGUCGUGUUGAAGUCCUGCAUCGUGGUGAAUGGGGGACGAUCUGUGAUUACAACUUUGACGACAGGGACGCAAAAGUUAUUUGCCGCAUGCUGGGCUUCGUUUUCAGUCGCGCCAAAUCUCUGUCAGGUGCUUAUUAUGGCGAAGGUCAAGGCCGAAUAGCUGUGGAUGAAUUGUAUUGCCAAGGCGAAGAAACGGACAUAUCUGAGUGCAAAUCUCGUCCAUGGGGUUCAAACAAUAUUUGCACACACAGCGAGGAUGCUGCUGUUGAAUGCAGUUCUGAACUUCGACUGUACGAUGGCCCAACCGAAUUUUCUGGUCGCCUCGAAUUACGUCGUGAAUCGACGUGGAAAACCGUUUGCGCUGAUCACUUUGACAACAGAACGGCACAAGUUGUUUGUAAUAUGCUCGGUUUUGAAAGAGGAAACAUAUCAGUAUACUCGGAUGAACGCUUCCCAGCUGGAAGUGAUGCUCAGAUGAAUGGCAACGGGUAUGUCUGCAUGGGAAAUGAAACAGACAUAGCUAACUGCAAGCAUUAUAAUGUCAGCCUACCUUGUAAUGCUGUGGCCAUCAAUUGCUAUUCAAACACACCAGUGCGGCUUGUGGAUGGCACCAAUAUGUUUAACGGUAGAGUGGAGAUAUAUGAGACGUUCAAUUCAUCAAAUGGUGACUGGAAAGGCUUGUGCUAUGAUAACCUAACCAAAGAAGACGCUGUUGUGCUGUGCAAGAUGCUUGGUUUAUCGACACCAACACCGACCAUUCACGAUGCGUAUGACCAAUACAACCGUGGUGGUCUAUUUUCUCUUCUGAGCGGUCUGGGAUGUAACGGUUCAGAGACGGACAUAUCGGGCUGUGCACCGCAACACAAAUGGAAUAACGACAUAUGUCUGCACAGUAGACACGCUGCGAUAAAUUGUGCCCCAAACUCCAAACUUCGCCUUUAUAAUGGAUCGUCCAUUAAAUCCGGACGUGUUGAAGUCUUAUAUAACGGGUCCUGGCUUCACGUUUGUCGACACAGUGACAUGGACAGAAGAGAAUUUGAUUUGAUAUGUCAACAAUUGGGGUUUAAUCAAAGUGGUUACCAACUCGUCUCUAUGGAGAAUAUCGUCACCAAAGGAAUACGUUCAUUAGAAUGCAGAGGCGCUGAAAGUGACAUUUCGGACUGCAGAUCUGGCCAAUGGGAUGUUGUGGGAUAUUGUAUACCGGAGACCAUUGCAUGUAACAGCACAGUGCGUCUGAUUAACGGGAGCAGUGAACGUUCGGGAAGGGUUGAGGUCCUCAACCAGGGCAAAUGGGGAACAAUAUGCGCUGAUGGGUUUGACAUCACCGAGGCAAAUGUCGUUUGCAGAAAGGCGGGGAUACGACUUUGGAAUGCGUCUGUUUUGCCUGGCUCUCCCUUUGGUAAAGGGUCAGCUGAAUCGAUCCUGGGCAAUGUUUCGUGCAAAGGCAACGAAUCAGAUCUUUCAGAAUGUAAUUCUUCCCCUUGGAAAUUGACAAAAUGUGGCAAAGAAGACGUUGCAACAGUUGAUUGCCGAGUUCAAAAUACACCUUUAAGAUUAGUUGGAGGUAAAACCAAAUAUUCAGGAAGAGUCGAGUUGUUUUACGAAGGAACUUGGAGGUCAUAUUGCCACGAAUAUAAUACACAACACCAAGAAAAUCUUGAACUGUUGUGUCAACUACUCGGAUACAACUAUUCCAGCUACGCAAGAUAUCUCGACUAUGUGUAUUUAAAUGGAAUGAGCCUUUUUCAUGAUCUGUCCUGCAAUGGCAAUGAGAGCGAUAUCUCGUUGUGUCCUUCGUCGGAUUGGGGAAAUUACUCGUGUUCAUACUAUACCGCAAUUGACUGUUUAUCCCCUAUAGAACUUAUUGGCGGGUUGACCGAUUACAUGGGUUUCGUGAAAAUUAAUAGCAAUUUUCUUUGCGCGGACAACCUCACCGGUGAAACACAAGCGGUUUUGUGCAACAUGCUGGGAUACAGUUUCACCAGUGAUCACGCGCUUACCGACAAGGAACAUUUUCGACCAGCAUUUAGUCAUUUGAACAUGGUAGACGACAUCAUCUGUUCUGGUGAUGAAAAAGACUAUCAGCUAUGUAGACCGACCGAUUGGAAUAGAGGGAAUUGCAGCAGCGGCAGGCCGGCCUAUGUCCACUGUAACACCCCUGUAAGACUUCGGGAUCGAGCGAAUAUUUAUAAUGGAACAGUUGAGAUAUACCAAAAUGCAACUUGGUCGAGCGUUUGUUUCGAUAACAGAUAUACUAAUCAAAACCUAUUCAACGCUCGAGUAAGUUGCUUAAUGAUGGGAUUUAGUAACAGUUUAACAAGUUACGGUAGCAUUCCUUCAAACUCUAACUCAUCUGUGUCGAUGAACUGCACCGGAAACGAAGCAGAUGUUUCGCAAUGCAGAUCAGUCCAAAAUGUGUCAUGUUCGCACAUUAUAACAGUGAAAUGCCCCACCGACAUUUCACUCGCAAAUGGAAAAACGAAAUACAUGGGCGCACUGGCAGUGCAAACGGGAUCAAGAACAACUCGAAUACGAUCAUUUAUAAACGACACUUUAAAGACCGUUUGUAGAUUGCUGGGCUUUAACCUCACACGAUCUAUUGAGCUAGAGCCAAGUAACGAAUUUCUUCGAAACAAGUUUGAAACUGCCGGCGAAGUCAUCCGUGAGUUAUACUGUCAAGGAAAUGAAACUGAUAUUGCUGAGUGCACGGAGAGUACAGUGGAUUCUUAUGUAGGCCAAUGGGAAUCAGGAAUAAACUGCCAAACAGCAAUUCGGUUAACGGACGGCGAGCCGUAUAUUCAUGGUGUGUUACAAAUGAAAUUUCAAGAAACCUGGUACAAUACUUGUGCCGAUGGCUUUACACUUAAUGAUGGCUUCGUUGUGUGUCGAAUGUUAGGACAUAGGCAUGUAAGCAACGUUGUUGUUACGCAAGUUUCUGGGAAGAAGGUGGCGUUCAACGGAAACUUGCGAUGUACCGGCAAUGAAGUUGAUAUAUCCAAAUGUCCAGGAUACAAUUAUUUUCUUGAUAAUUGUAGCAGUAAUCAAGGGUUGCGUAUUGACUGCAGGACAAAGGUGCGUCUCGUCGAUGGAUUAAAUACAAAAGGAAGAGUGGAAGUGUUCUACAAUGGUACAUGGGGACACGUAUGUACAGACUGGGGAAAUCAAGAUUCAGUGUUGUGUCGCUCGGCUGGAUUUUCAUACACAUAUGGAAGUCAUUUAUCUCAAAUGACGUUCAGCAAUAAGUCAAUUGGAAAUUCUACGGCCGUCUUUCUGCAAUGCACUGGAUACGAAAAGUCAAUAACAGAAUGCAAUUGGAAUCCCAGGAACGGGAUAAAUGAGCCAUGUAACUCAAUGUACCCUUUAGAGAUCGAAUGCAAUACACACGUGUCUUUAAAACCGGGAAUAAGUAAGUACUCUGGAUGGAUUGCGGUCGACUUUUUAGAUCCUGAUUUAUAUAGCACACAGUAUGCUUCGGUUUGUGGGGAACAGUUUGACCUAGAAGAGGCAGAUAUUUUCUGUAAAGCAAUUGGUUCUCCAACAGAAAGAAAUGCCACCAUAAUAAAAAAUAACAAAUAUGGUUCUCACUACAACUUUGUCAUCGCACAUCUGGAUUGCGUUGGCAAUGAGACGGAUGUCAGAGAAUGUCGAUCAGAUCGUUGGUCUGAGAAUCAUAAUUCGUGCAAUGCUAGUGACACUAAUGUAGCGAUAAACUGCCAACCAAAGACACUCAUGAGGAUGCAAGGCAAGGAUCGAUUAAAUGGUCUUGUUGAGAUCUUUUUCGACGCACAAUGGUACACUAUGUGUGGUGAUGGUUUUGGUGUGCGGGAAGCAGCUGUUGUGUGCCACAAUCUUGGAUAUAAAGUCGGGAUUCCACAGAUUGUUUUCAACUCAAAUAGCUCAUUGAUCUAUAAAAUGGACUGCGCUGGAAAUGAGACCGAUAUAUCGCAAUGCGAGUUUAGAACUCGUUCAUGGGUGUAUAAUGAAUAUCCUUGGACUCCUGGAGAUUGUUCAUCGCUCUCUCACGAUGUGCGUUAUGGCCAACGGGCAGGAGUGAUAUGUAGCAAUCAGAGGGUUCGUCUUGUCAGUGAUGUGAACAACUACCAGGGUCGAGUCGAGUUCCAAUACCUAGGGGUUUGGGGAACCGUAUGCAGUGAGAAUUUCACCCAAAAUGACGCUCGCCUUGUUUGUAAACUGGGAGGAUAUUCCGGUCAAAGCAACAUAACAAUUCACAACUCCACAAAAUAUGGACGAGGUGAUGGAGCACUUGUGGUUGACAAUCUGCUGUGUGAUGGAGACGAAUCAGACCUGGAUCAAUGUGACUCGUACCCAUGGACCAAAAACACAACAAACCAGUUCUGUUUAAUGCAUGCUCAGGACGCUGGAGUCAAUUGCCGUCCAGAGACACCAAUGCGGCUAGCUGGUGGUACCGUUUACUCUGGAAGAGUUGAAAUCGAAUACGAAGGAACCUGGGGCACCAUUUGUGACAAGGAGUUUGACGAUGUAGAUGCAAAGGUCAUCUGCAGAAUGAAGGGAUUUAACACAGAAAGCCUCAUCGUACUUAGAAACGGAUUUUACGGACACGGAAACGGGAAUGUAAUCAUUUCGAAUCUGGCGUGUCGAGGGGACGAAUCUGACAUUUCGGAGUGUGAUGUGGGUUACCGAACUUCCAGCGAAAAGGCUAGAUGGGGAAAUCCAAGCGAGUUGUGUUCCCAUGCCAACGACGUUGCAAUUCAGUGUAAUACACCGGUGCGAUUGCGCGAAGGGUGGACUUUUUAUUCUGGGAUAGCAGAAGUUUUCUUACGAGGACAAUGGCGUCGAAUUUGCAGAGAUAACUUUACCACGCAUGACGCCGAAGCAUUGUGCAAGCUAUCGGGAAAGCGAGAAAACUACAGCGGAAACAUCACCAUUCACACUGAACAGUAUUUGAAUGCAGAUUUCAAAGAAUCACAGCUGGGUGGGUUCGGUUGUACAGGUCACGAGAAUGAUUUGUACGAAUGUGGGAGUGGACGUUGGGUUUGGAACUACCAGCCCUGUCCAAGUGAACAAAAUGUCGCCCUUAACUGCCGUGCAACUACAAACGUUCGAUUAAUGAAUGGACUUAAAGAAGCCGCUAACAACACACUGCCUCUUAAAGGCCGAGUUGAGAUUAAAUACACGCAAUAUGAUGACGCAAGGCACCGAGACAACCAUUGGGGAACCAUAUGUGAUGAUCAGUUUGGGGAUGACGAUGCCUUAGUGUUGUGUUCUAUGAUGGGAUACUCCGUUGGAAGGGUAUACCGACCAGACACCGAAUAUGAAUCCUUUGGAAACGAGACGAUCCUGUUGGACGACCUGCAAUGUCUCGGAAAUGAAGCAGACGUCUCUGAGUGCAAGGCACGAGAGUGGGGCACUCACGACUGUGUCCAUGAUGAAGACGUUUCCAUUUCUUGCAACUACCAGAACAAUAUUGACCCAUGUGACAAAGAAAACUACAAAAGACUCCCCAAUCUAGAAAUGAGGCUCGUCAAUUAUAUAACGAAAUCAAAUCCCAUAAAUGACAACAAACUGUCGCUGGAUUGGUAUUAUGUUGGAAACAAUACUUUGCCUGACAAAGAGCCUCCGUUUAAUAGAUGUUCCACAGUUUUUCCGAUCUACAGCAAAGAUUUGAGUGCUAUCCCUACUAUGGUAGAUAAGAUCAAAUCUUUUAAAGCAGAACAGUCUAGAGAUUCCAGUAUUACCUACGACCUGCAAGUGAAAAACUGCGGGGGUUAUUUUGUAUACCGGCUAGGUCCAACUGUGACCACAAACAGCGGCUACUGCUUUGGUAUUGGAUCGGAAUCCCCUCCUCCGAGCUUCGUAGUGAACAGUGUCGGUGUUGUAUAUAACGAAACUGGCACAUCGAUAUGGUUUAAAUGCAAAUUUGCUCCGGACAUAGCUUCAAAUCUCUAUUACCAAGUGGAGUGGCAUGUGAUGGGAAAUUCUGAGCAUAUUACCACUAAACAAUAUUGCAGUCAGUCGGAUAUGUCACCGUGUUUCCUGUCAUCCAAAGAUCUCGCCGACAUGAAUGUUGGCAUGGGAACAAAUAUUUCUUGCGGUGUCCGUGCAUUCAACGAGCCAGUAGGUCAACCAGGACGGUUGUCAGUUAUAUCGGAUCCGUUUUUUCUGGGUAUCAAACUCUCAACCCCUCGCAUUUCGUUGCGCCGAGGGGAAGUGAAAUUUGUGGAAAUGAAACUAACAGUUCCAAUUGUGUGCGAGGAUACUUGGCCGACAAAUAAUAUUAAAUGUAUCGUUAAUAUUGAUUAUUUCACACCGGAUUAUGGAAGCUGCCCGAAUGCUGAGGGCAGUUUCCCGGGCGGUUGCUCAACUGAAAUUACGGCCACAACAUUUGGGGAAACGAUUAGAGUAAGCGUGAGUGCUGCCGAAACAGGACAGUAUGGUGUUGCCGGCAAGUUCAAUAUGUUCCUACAAAUACCCAGAACUCGAGGAGUCGCUUUCCUAUCCGUUCCGUACAAAUUACCGGCAAUCGAGGUCGAAGUACUCCCUGAAAGCGAUCGACAAUGGCGUGGAAAAUUGUGCACAGCUCGCAAUGAUCCUCAUAUGUAUACGUUCGACGGCAGGUCGUACGAGCAUCACGCAAAAGAAGGGGACUAUAUUCUGUAUCGCCACUCCGUGUAUGGAAAUGUAGAGAUACAGCACAGAAUUGCCAACUGCACAGACGGAAAUAAUCCCGCAAAAUGCAACUGCGGUGUCGCUGUUAGGGCCGGACGUGAUGUCUACGUCAUCAACGUAUGUAACGGGUACAUCGACAUCGGCUACAGGCAGUGCUCGGAUAAAGCCCUGACGGUGAAAAAAGAAAAUGACUAUACAUACACGAUAUAUUUGCCAUAUGGUACUGCUGUUAGGGCCAGGAUAGACAAUGCACCGUUUAUGGGUCGAGACGGUGGCAGGGUAUUGGAUAUAUCUGUGAAUCCGUCGAUUAAAGACAGCGACGGAAACAGUACUGGGUUAUGUGGGUCUCUUAAUGGAAACUCAUCGGAUGAUUUUGAUAAUUGUACAAAAUUCAUCGACGACUGGAAAGUCCCGACUAAUGAGUCAUUGUUCGAUAGCGAUAUGUUCCAUAAAGAGCUUGAGCCAUGGGCGUUUCAAACGUGUACUUGCAAGAAAACGAUUGGUGGAAGAAGUGCGUAUACUUGUGACCAGGGGAGCGCAGGGUGUACUCAAGGAACGCUUGCUGGUUAUCACAGCUGUGGCGAAAUACUUGACAGCCGUACUGUGAGAUCGGUUACAAGAAAACCUAGACGACCAGUUGUAAAGAUACCGGUUUCUCAUCAGCGACCCUAUGUUCGACAUCGUCGAAGCGUGGCAGAAGAAGAUCUAAGUAAAUUAUGUGAGGAUCACUUUCGCACAAUACAGAACAUGUGUAAGAAGAUUCCUCAUACCCAUACAAACGUGUCGGUGGAAAAUUGUGUACUCGAUAUCAAGCUAACAAAUACAACAGACUGGAUAUCUAUGUCUAAGCAGUCAAUGCUGGAUACUUGCCAAAACGAGAUACGUCGUAACAGCACUGUUAUAAAGGAUAUUAUAACUAAAGCUGAAGCAAAUUCUACAACCGCCUCUGGAAAUGUCAACACAACAGAGACAGCGCAAGCAAACAUUGCGGAGUUGACAGCUUUAAGGGAAAUAUUGAGUACAUCUCAAACAAUUAAAGACUCAUUCUGUAUGAACAGCUGUAGUGGGAAUGGAACUUGCAAACAAGGCACGUGUGAAUGUAACAUCGGCUUCGGUGCAACCGAUUGUUCUAUUGAUCUUGUAACGCCACCCAAAAUAGUUGGACUAUUAGACCAUGGACUCUGUGACGAGAACAAGACCGAUUGUUCUCAGAUUGUCGUCUUUGGUGGAGAGUUUGCAUCCUCCAAUUUGACCUGCCGAUUGAGAACUUUUUAUUUUGACAUUCAUAGAACUGUACAUAACGGAAUUACAUCGACAGUUCCUGGUCAUGCUGAAACUAUAGUGGAGACAUUAUGUCCUAUUCGUGGCCUCAGGCUCCGAAGAUCAGCUGAGAAUAUGUUUGUGAUGGGCUUCCACGUUUCCGUAAGCAAUGACGGACAACAUUUCAAUGAUACGAACCAAGGAAUAGCCUACAUUUACAACUCGGAAUGUCAGACGCACACAUAUACGAAUCAUACAGAGUUCAUGUCUUCAUUUUCCUUGAAGGACGAUUACUGCUUCAUCGAAGGCAAGUGCUACUUCAAUGGCACCUUUCACGCUUCACAAAUUAUGAUAUGUGAUCCUUCUGUGAAUGCAUCUUCGUGGACGACUUAUCAACCUUUACCAAAACCUAUAUUAGAUUGUAGCAACCCAGAAGCAUGCAAACAAAAGAACCACUCCGUAUGUGAAGUUAAGAACGGUACUCCUCUGUGCUCCUGCAUUCGAGGCUUCACACAAAAUCAAACUGAUGGAUUGAAAUGUGAGCAAACAUCGGACAUACACGUUACGGAUAAAGUUUUGGAUGAUGACAAAGGGAGUUUACUAAUCGAACUAAAGUUGGAUUACAAUCUCCCGACGACAGUCACGUUAAACUCCUCCAUUACCUACACAAAAUACGAGAAUGAAGUCCACGAUGAGCUUAUGAAGUUCUACAGGGGCCAACUUGGAAACCGGUUAGCUAAAGUCAUCAUUAAGGACAUCAGACCAGGAAGUCUUAUCGUGGAUCACCUGGUUGUUUAUUUCCAACGUGCGCAGAUAUUAAGUGACGUUACGCAAGUGGUCGAUGAACUGUCCAGACACAGACUGACGAUAUCCGGGACCGAAUGUCCUGUCAUCGGUGUGGCACUUGGAAAAGAAAAAGUUCCCGUUAUUGAACCUAAGGUAGACCUAUGUCGUCUAUAUAAGAUUAUCCAUCCAUGCAACGAAGAUGAGGUGUGUGAAACAAACAACAUUGGCACUAGUUGUGUAAAAAAGGAAACCCACCGAGAUGAAAACGGAGUUUCAAAGCUGAUGGUAAUUGUGUCCUCUGUAAUUGGCGGUAUUUUGUUUCUUGUUAUCGUCGUUCUGGUAUUCAUUGUGUGCAAGAAGAGGGCAAAGAAGCCAAUGGCGCUGGACCGUAUGGAACCCAAGGUUCACGAUAAUACCUACCAAGAUAUCAACUUAAGGGAAAUGUCUGUGCUGUCGGUUGGUUCAACCGAUGUGUACAGGAUCCCAAGAGCUAAGCUAUCCGGAUCACAGCUUGCCUUUCAGAGAGGCCUUGGUGACGCACGACGGGAUCAUCUGUAUGAAAGGAGAAGAUCCGAAACGAACGAGCAUCCAUACGGUUAGAUGGACUGACAGAGAAGUGUAGUGUAAUCUGGAGGCGUGGAUACAAACAUUAUGAUCGCUUAUACAUACAGGAAUGUCCGUGUAGUUUUAAACUAACUUUCUCAGUUUAUAAAUGUGUGAGAAUAUGUGUUUAGAAAAAAAUGUUUAUCUUUAUUUAAUUAGAAUCUGACAUAUUUUAAUAACCGUUUUGAAAAUAAUACCAAUAAAACAUUUUCGUUUGCUU